GCGGUCACGCGCUUUGACGCGCAGGUUGCAUCCGCUUAAAUACUCGAUUCACACACCGGCUGAGCUCACUGUACUCUGAGUCCGAAGGUAGAUUGAUUCAGGAGCGUCCUAAAGCGCCAGAGGGUCAGAUGAAGCUGUAUAUCUCCGACGGGAACCCGCAGUGUGUGAAAGCGCUGGCGGCGCUGGAGUGAUGUGAGAUAGAAGCGGUCAGAGACGAGGAGAAAGUGGUCCCUCACCUCAGUCACCCAGAGUCACCCGUCCUGCUGUUACCCGACGGUCAGCAUCUAUUCAGCCCCAACAGCAUCUGCCAAUAUCUGUUCGACAUCAGCGGCCAGAAGGCAACUGACGGCACUAACCAGUGGCUGGAAUGGGAAGCAACGAGUUUACAGCCUGCAGUGCUGCAGUCUCUCCACAUGGUGGCGCUGCAGGGUAAGCGAGUGGAGGCGGCUGCUGUGAUGAAGGAGCCACUGAAAUGGCUGGAACAGAGUCUGAGCAAGAAACCCUCAUCAUUCCUUACUGCAGAGGCCGUGUCAGUUGCAGAUGUCGCUAACAGAGUCCUGAAGGGAAAAGGUGUUGAAGCCCUGAAGACGUUCCUCCAGAAACACCCGGCCUCACAAACACAGCGCCGGGACAGUCCCACCAACACCACUCAGGUGCACAGCAAUCCCACCAGUGUUAUUUUAGUAUUUAUUCUUUAUUUUUUGAAUUCGCUUUUAUUUUUUUAUAUUUUCAGUUUUUAUUUAAAUUUUUGUUUUGUGAUUUUGUCAUUAUUCAUAUUAUUUGUGACCCUGGACCACAAAACCAGUCGUAAAGGUCAGGAAGGAAAGAGAAACGUGCUGCUCACCAGCGCUCUGCCGUACGUCAACAACGUGCCGCACCUGAACAUCAUCGGCUGUGUGCUCAGCGCUGACGUGUUCGCCAGAUACGGUCGUUUGCGCGGCUGGAAUCUGCUGUACAUCUGCGGUACGGACGAGUACGGGACGGCGACGGAGAACAAGGCUCGCGAGGAGGGUCUGACGCCGCAGGAGAUCUGCGACAAAUAUCACUGCAUCCACGCCGACAUCUACCAGUGGUUCCAGAUCACAACCACCGAACGACAGACCGAGAUCGCUCAGGACAUCUUCUGGCGUCUGCAUGAGCGGGGUUUCCUGCUGGAGGACACGGUCGAGCAGCUGCGCUGUGAAAGCUGUCAGCGCUUCCUGGCCGAUCGCUUCGUGGAGGGCGAGUGCCCUCACUGCCGUUACCCAGAAGCCCGCGGGGACCAGUGUGACAAAUGUGGCCGUCUGAUCAACGCUGUGGAGCUCAGGAAUCCGCAGUGUAAGGUGUGCAAGGAGACGCCGGUGAUCCGCUCGUCUAAACACCUGUUUCUGAACCUGCCGAAGGUAAAGAACACACCUGUGGCCGGGAUGUUCGUCAGUAAGUUCUUCGACGGUCGUGUUCCUGAGAUGCUCCUGAAUGAAGAGGACAAGCGGCUCAUCGCUCAGGUCCGCUGGGAGCUCAAGCAGUACGUCCAGCUGCUGGAUAAAGUCAGGAUCCGUGACGCUCUGAAGUGCAUCCUGAACAUCUCUCGUCACGGGAAUCAGUACAUCCAGCUUAACGAGCCCUGGAAGAAGAUCAAAGGAGGAGACGGUGACAGGCAGCGAGCCGGGACGGUGACCGGUGUGUCGGUAAACGUGGCGUGUCUCCUGUCCGCCGUGCUGGAGCCGUACAUGCCAGCUGUCAGUCAAACCCAGCUGCAGGCUCCGCCCCCCAGCGUCAGCACCAUGCUGCAGAACACGGGGACCUUCAUCUGGGUGCUGCCCGCCGGACAUCGCAUCGGCACUAUCAGUCCUUUGUUCCAAAAGUUGGAGAACGAACAGAUUGAGGUUCGGAGGAAAAGGUUUGGAGGACAACAGGUUCCGAGCAGCGCAGCAGAGACCAAACCCAGCGCCGGUGCGGUGCAGGACGCCUCGGUGCAUGUAAACGCAGAUCCAGAGAGAGCCAAACAGCUGACGGCUUUAGUGGCAGAACAAGGCAAUAAAGUACGAGGCCUGAAAGCCCAGAAAGCCGACAAGUCUGUAAUUGACGAUGAAGUCGAUAAAUUACUGCAACUGAAAAAACAACUUUCUCUUGCGGAGGGCAAGAACCUAGAGCCGGCCGCUCAGAAAGGAAAGCAGAAGUAAAAAGGUGAACAUGAGGGGAAAAAAAAUCCAUCACACAGGAAUAUUUUCAGGGUUUACGGCACUAUUUAUCCACUCCUAUAAAAAUGCAACCUAUCCUUUUUAAAAUGCAAUGAAGUCUGCUAAAUGAUCUUUUUAAGAUGCAAUAAAAUCAGUGUGUUUCUCACUGUUUCUUUUUACUCUAAAACAACCAUAUUUUAUUCACACAAUCAAUAAACACAAAGACA